GGGACGUGGAGGCUGUGAUUAGCGGGCCGAGCCCGUGAUUGAACCUAUGGCAGAGAGACAGCACAGUGCAGGUUCCCUUGUAUGACUCUACCAUGGACCACAUCAUCUGCUGCCUGCUGGUCCUUGGAGCCACAGUGAUGAUCACACAAGCAUGUCCCAAGUACUGUUCAUGCCAGAAUCUGUCUGAGUCCCUGGGGACUCUGUGUCCCUCCAAAGGCCUUCUCUUUGUGCCUCCGGACAUUGACCGUGGCACGGUGGAGCUCCGACUGGGAGGAAACUACAUCCUCCGUAUCACGCAGCAGGACUUUGCCAACAUGAGUGACCUGGUGGACUUGACCCUCUCCAGGAACACCAUCAGCUACAUUCAGCCCUUCUCCUUUGGUGACCUGGAAACACUGCGGUCGCUUCAUAUGGACAACAAUCGACUGAUGGAGAUAGGCCCUGAUGACAUGCGAGGCUUGGUCAACCUGCAGCACCUCAUCCUUAACAACAACCAACUGAGACGGAUUCAUGACAAGGCUUUUGAGGACCUAGCACCAGCCUUGGAGGAUCUGGAUCUCUCCUACAAUAACCUGAUAUCUCUGCCCUGGGACUCAGUCCGCCAGAUGAUAAACCUGCACCAGCUUAGUCUGGACCACAACCUGUUGGACUUUAUCCCAGAGGGCACUUUCACUGAUCUGGAAAGGCUGGCACGAUUGGACCUCACUUCAAACCGCUUGCAAAAGUUACCCCCAGACCCAAUCUUUGCCCGUGCCCAGGACUCGAUGAUCCUGACUACCCCCUAUGCUCCACAACUGUCUCUGAGCCUGGGUGGUAACCCGCUGCACUGCAACUGUGAGAUGCUGUGGCUGCGGAGACUUGAGAGAGACGAUGACCUGGAGACUUGUGCCUCCCCCCCGGCCCUGAAGGGACGUUACUUUUGGAAUUUGAAGGAGGAGGAGUUUUUGUGUCAGCCACCUCUCAUUACCCAGCACACUCACAGGAUGCUGGUCCUGGAGGGUCAGACGGCAAGUCUGAGGUGUGAAGCAACCGGAGACCCUUCUCCUACCAUCCACUGGAUCUCCCCCGAUGAUCGGCUUCUUGGCAACUCCUCUCGAACCUCAGUGUUCAGCAACGGCACCCUGAGCAUCACCAUCACCACCUCCAAGGACUACGGCACCUUCACCUGCAUUGCUGCUAAUGUGGCCGGGGAGUCCACUGCCCCUGUAGAGGUGUCCAUCGUCCAGCUCCCCCACCUCAGCAACGGCACAGGACAACCAUCGGCGCCAAAGUCCCGCCUCUCAGAUAUCACAGGGACUACUAGGAUCAGCAAGGGGGCUCCCAAGAGCACACCAGAGAAGACUGUGUCUGCAUCCGAGGUGACAGCUGUUUCAGCACUGGUCACGUGGACCGUGAGCAAGUCCGCCCCCAAAGUGAAGAUGUACCAGCUCCAGUACAACUGCUCUGAUGAUGAGGUGCUAAUCUACAGGAUGAUUCCGGCCUCCAGCAAAGCCUUCCUGGUGACAAACCUGGUGUCUGGGACCCGUUAUGAUCUGUGUGUGCUCGCCGCCUGGGACGACUCAGCCACCACGCUCACCGCCACCAACGUGGUGGGCUGCACCCACUUCUUCACGCAGGAUGACUACGCCCAGUGCCAGUCUCUACCCAGCCAGCUGCUGGGGGGCACCAUGAUCCUGGUGGUAGGGGGCAUCAUCGUGGCCACCCUGCUGGUCUUCAUCGUCAUCCUCAUGGUGCGUUACAAAGCUACAGAUACUGAGCCCCCCGUGGGGAAGCUGACCAACGUCAGCGACACACACUCCCAGACCAACGGGGGGCGCCUGGGGCAGAACGGACUCCUGAUGCCCCAGUCUCAGCCACAGCCUCAGCCCGAGCCCAAGGUCAAGGCUAAAGUGACCCUGCAGGACGAGGUGGUGGAGUUUAAGUGUGGCUCCCUCCAGAGCAGCCUCACCUCCUCCUCUUCCUCCUCGGGCUCCUUGGCGGGGGGCUCCUACAGCCCCAACAGUGCUCUUGCAAACAUUUGGAGGUCGGCUCAGUCGAAGCCCAGGACCAACCUGGACCACCUCCUCGGAGCGUUCACCUCUCUGGACUUGAGGGGGGUUCAGAGCGGCGAGGUUGGGGCCUCCAGCAGCGCCUCCAACACAGUGGUUAGGAAACCGCAAACAGACAGGGAGCCGCUGCUGGGCCGGACUCUGGACUCCAGCCUCAGCCGGCUCCUCAUGCUCCCUCUGGACGCCAAGCCCAGGAGGAGUCAGUCCUUUGACAUGGGGGACGUUACAAGCGCCGGGGCCGCGCAGCUGAGCAACAAACCACGCAGGUUCAGCAGCAUCUGGACUAAGAGGAGCCUGUCUGUGAACGGCAUGCUGCUGCAGUGUGAGGAGGAGGGUGACACGGGGGGGAGCAAGGGCACGUUGGACAGCGCUGACUGGGUGAUGGAGAGUACUGUGUAGGAGAGAUGGAGAACCGUCACUCUGUCAAACACUGCCCGAAACACACGGCCACACUAUGACAGACCUGCUGGUCUCAGAGCCUUUGUCCUGCAUGAAGCACACUCGUUUUCAUCCCUCCUUCUCCUCAGACUCACAGACUGGAUGAGUCACAGUCACAGCCAAAUCAAACUUCAGGAGAAAGACCUUUGCCUCACACCAUGUACAGAGACGGAUUAAACGGCUGGAGUGAAGCGGUGCUGUCUGAAACAGAAAUAUGAGGUCAUGCUCAUGGACUGUUAUUAUUCUGUAAAAAUUCAAAGUAUGUAAUGAAAUUAAAGUUUUAUAUUUUUGAUUUUUGCCGGUCAAACACGACGCUGGUCUCUGCCUUGACAAACACUGAGGCGUGUCCAGGUUUAAACUCUCUGCUGUAAAUUCAUCCUCAUCUCGGUGACCUCCUGAUGCAGUUCUUCUUCUCUGACUGAACGGUGCAGUAAAAUAUAAAUAUAUGAAUAUAUAUAUAUAUGUAGAUGUGAUGCUUAAGACUUAACAAAAAAGAUUUAAUGACAGAGUUGUAUUUGAAUAUAUUUACUUUCUCUACAAAGUAUAUAUUUCAGGGGUCACUCUAAUUCUGAAUUUCAUGUGACUGAUUACAAACCAUCGUCUCCUGAGCAGCGGCCGCACUGUCACUGUUUAAAAAUGCCAAAUGAUUUCAGAGUAACCUGGUGCAACAGGAAGGAUAAUCACACCGACAUGUAGGCCUGUUUGGUGGUGUACAGUUAACCCUUUAGGUCCUGUAUAGUCAGUAAAUGUUUUUUUAAUGUUCCUUUUUUUUAUUCCGGGUUUUUAAGACGACAGACAUGAAAGAGGAACUCCCUUUUUUGUUAAUCCAUGAAACACAAACCGAACAUUUUCUUCACAUUGCCGAAACUACAUUUUCAGGUCAAUACUGGGUGCUAUGACUAAAGCUAGAGGACCGAUCCGGUUGUAGGAUAGUCAUCAUUUUUACCACCAAUAACUCAAUUUCAUCAUCUGAGUCUAGUGUGGUUAUAAAGACACUACUCCUCACGCCACAACGCUCAGGAGGGAAGAAUGGCUAUAAAACAUGUUGGAAACAAACCUGUUUAGGUUAUUUCAAUCAGAUGUUCCAGUGUGAGUCAGUGUACUAACAAUGAUGUCAGAUAUUGAUUGAUGCACGACCGUUGUUAAGUUGAAAUGGGACAUUUUUGCAGACACCAUCUUGUUUUUGGAGCCAGAAGCGACCAUAUUAAAACAAGAAGGUGGAGCUUGAGAGGAUCAAGAGGGUAGUUAAUGCUAAGUCAUAAAAUAAAGGCUGAUUUAUACCUGUGCGUCGCCCCUACGCAGCAGGAGCUGACACGGACAUGAGCGGACCAAUCACAGGGCUUGCAUCUGAGUCAUUCGACACAGAAGUAUAAAUCAGGCUGAAGGCUAGCGCUAGCAAUGUCAUCGAGAUUAAUCCAUAUCCCUUCAGCAACUUGGAUGUUUAUUGCUAAUUUUGGCUAGCAGAAAACAGUCUUUACACAAAGUGAGCGGACUCCUGAGCGUCCAAAACUACAACCAAAUGCGUCAAAAGACAUUCAUUAGUCAUGUGUCAAUACUAGUCAACUGCACCCUAAAUCUUCCCCUGCUAUACGGUCUGUGUGACUCUGAAUGGGACCACAGUUAACAAAAUGAACACCAAGUUAAUUGGAAAAAGACUUGAAACUAAAGAUUGAGACCAUAUUUGGAUCAAAGAAGGAGGCUGGAGGGAAGAGAGAAGCUGAAGAAAUUGAAGUCACAAGCUAGUGCAAGUGCUAGCUUGUUUGACAGGAAGCACAAGCACAAACUCACAGAUACUGAGGAAUUAUUUGGGAUUGUCAUUUUUGCAAGCAUAAAUCAGGCUUUAAACAUCCUACAAAUUAAGAACAGCCCAGUCUUCACAGUGGUUUUUAGAGAGGAUAACAUUUUGCAGGUUGGCAUGUUAGUGCCUUGUCAACAACAGGUGGCCCCGUCCUAAAUCCCCUCCAGAUGUAUGGUCUAUCUGACGCUAAAUGGGACCAUAAUUUACAAAAUAACCAUCAUGUUGACAAUAAAGAAGUCUUAAACUAAAGAUUGAGACCAUAAAUGUUAAUUGAAGGAAUAAAUCAUCUGAGAAGUAGAGCCAGUUUCUCAUAGACUCCUUUUGCGAUCAGACUGCUCUUUACAACCUGUGAGGUCGCCUCCUGCUGGUCAUUAGAAAGACUUCAGGUUAAAGGGACUUCUGAGGCUUUAUUCACCUCUCAUGUUCAGUCUGCGGCUGACACUGGUACUCAAAGGAAGAUCAUUAUCUACAGGCUGAAGAAAUACUCACAUGAUGUUCAUUUCUUCAUACCCUUUUUCAGCCGUUUAUCUUAAAUUACAUUGUUUUCCUCAUCACAGAGUUCUGACUCUGGACCAGAAUAGACCAAACUAAGGCAGCCUUGUGGAUAAUUAUUUAUUAUCUUAGGCCCAAGUUAUACAAAACCCAUAAUUCCCUUUCCGCACAAAUUUCUUAUUUGAAGUUCAGUUGCUUUGAACCUUUACCCUGUACAGAGCAGUUAAAUCAGUGAUGUUAUGCCUUUUCAUAUUUAACAAGAAAGUGUUAAAGUGUUGGAUUUUAAUACUAAACGUGUGCAAAGUUUCAAACUGUGGGGUAAAGAGGCCAUGGGCUGCCUUGAAAUUUAAGUUUAAAUAGUCUCAUGAGAGUUACACAAGAGGGACACAGGAUUUCCUCAAUUUGUGAUGUCACUGAUUGGUCCCUUUCCAAACUGUCCGGGUGAGAUUCAGGGUCCAAAACGUAUGCGUAUUCAUAAUGUGUCAUAACGAAUAGAACAACACUGGCUAACUAACUGAUGACAAGUUUGUAGUAUGGCAAAAGUGGAGGAGGCUUCAAGAGAGCUGGUUGUAAGACAGUGGGCUCAUACAGAGGUUGAAAUGAGGGUUUUCAAAGACGCCAGCCUGAGAGGAUAAAGAGUCUUAGAGCUGUAAAUCAUUUAACAGAGCUCUGAGAAAGUCGAUAGAAAGCCUGAAAAAGAGCAUAACACCCCUCUCCAAGUCUUUAUAGCAUCCUUUAAAAAGCCACACAUUCAAUCUGAUGAUGUUCUUUCAGUCACUGACAUAAAUGCAACUCUUUGAAGAGUCAACAUCACAUUUUCAAACUCAUAUGUUCAACGUCCCUCUCAUUCUUCUCCUGCAGAUCUGUCAGAACAUAAAAGUGAACUAAUGUUACGAAUGAAUUUAAAGUUAAUGAGCGUGUUCAUUUUAAUUUCAUUGUGGAGGAAGUUCUAUUAAACAUGAUGAAGUUUGCUUUUUGUCAUGUGUUGCAUGUUUCUGCUGCAGAUGACCCCAGAGUCGUGUAUACAUUGAUGCUGUCAUUUCUCAUAUGCUGUCUGAAUGACUUUGUGAUAUUUCUGACCUGGUUGCGUGUGUACAGUCCCUGCAUAUAGUUUUUUUUUUGUACCAUUCUCCAGUGGGAAGAUGUGUGAACAGCAGAGGAGGAGGUGACGAGUAGCAGCUGUUCAUGUUUCUUACCUGGAGCUGUAAAAAAAAUGUUUCUGUGGUUCAAUUUGUUGUUUUUGCUACAAAGAUAAAACUAAAAAUCUCCUGAGACAAA